UCAAAUUCCUAUAGCUGAAUUUUGAUCUGAUAUUAGACAUAAUUACAACUAUUCAAAUGACAGGAUGAAACGUGUGGCAAUCAGUCACGUGCAGCAGUUAUGGCUGAACAUAUUCGUAACCAUUACCUCAAGAGAUCUACAUUGUUUCAAGCAUUUGAAACACAAGUGGCAAAACUUAAAACCUCGCGGGAUAUCAAUGCUUUCCAAGCAGCAGCAAAAAAUAUCACAAGCGACUUACGAGCUCAAAUGUUGGAUCUACCGAGUAAUCUUAAAUCGGAAUAUCCUCAGCUUAACGACCGUGUGACUGACCUUAAAAAACAGGACAAAGCUUACAGAGAUAAUCAGAGCACCCAUGCUCAGCUAGUAGAACGACUAGUUAGUGGGAAAAUAAAUAAAGCUCAAUUCGGCGACUCCGAAGCCCUGCUGACUAAAAAAAGGGACGAACUUGUCGAAAAACUAAACCACUUAAUUAACACGCUUUAAAAAGUAUUCUGGGUCUUCUCUAUCAGUUCUGUCCUGCAGGACGCUUUUCUUUAU